AUGGCUGGAAAAGUAUCAGUUUCAGCCGCAUCUGAGGUGCAACCGACCACUAUCACCAAGUUUGGUGGAAAGUAUGUCUCUUACGCACAUACCAUCUGUGCUUACAGUGCAUUCUUUCUUGCUUUGGCUGUUGGUUGCUACACCCACUAUUACAAGAUUGUUCGCAACGAGCAUUUUGGUUAUCCAGACGAAUGGUUUCCUAGUGUGAGCGCGACUACGGGUGACCGAUAUCCAGCUCGAGCCAUCUUUCAAAUCUUAAUUGCACUUACAUCCGGUCCCCGCUUUGCAUUGGUCUUUCUUUGGUACUUCUACACGACUCGAACAGCUCGCACAAGUUCUCGUGGAUUUGGCAUGUUCCUUUUGAUUGUUGGCAUUGUUCGCACUGUAUCUUGCGGUGGAUGGGUCUAUAUCACUUCUACUGAUGAUCACCUCACUCAUGAUAUCACCAUGAUCACCUACUUGGUUUGCACUCUGCCAUGGCAACUCGGUGUCGUUUAUACCAGCGCUCGCAACAAUCAACAAGCUUUAAAAUGGCGCCGUAUCUUCACAUUGGCCUUCUUCGCCACUUUGCCUCCCAUGAUCUAUUACUUUUUGCAACACAAGAUCCACAAAGUGCCUGGAGCUUAUACCACCUAUGCUUUCUUUGAGUGGUCGCUCAUCCUUUACGAUGUUGCUUUCGACGCAGUGACGGCACUUGAUUUCCAGACAUUCGAACUUUCUCUGGUGGAUAUGUCGGGAGGUCAUGCUGGUGCAAUUCCAGUGACAAAGGAAGGCCCUGAAGAUACCAUUUCGCCUACAUUCUUACGUUCUCUAAUUGCCAUGCGUGGAUACGCCACCGAAGCUUAUCUUGCCUUUGUCUUUUGGUCGAUGCUUACAUCAUUGGCUUUGCUUAUUUGGUACUUCCCCUUGUGGUAUAUGGGUAUCUCUGGAUAUGAAGCUUUCUUGUUGAUCACUGUUGCACCCAUGUUCCUUGGCAUCCGCCCUCUCCGUCAACUCAUGGCCAAGUACCGUGGCGUGUUCCAUUUGUUCUCAUUGAUCGGUGUUGCAUCCUAUGCAUUCCAAGACCCUGCAUAUCGUCUCUCGCUUACAGCUAUUGGUUUGGCGAUCAGCACAAUGACUUGGACCGCCACAUGGUUUGAAGCACGCGCCCAUGUGGGUAGUUUGGAAAGAUCGAUUCUCAUUUGGGGUAUUGGAUUGGUGUUGCACAAUGUGGUCAAGAUGGCGUGGUGGACCGAAAACCCCAUUUGGCCUAUUAUGCACGAAGCAAAUGGUGGCCGCAAUAUGAUUGGCAUUAUUCUCGGUGUCGUUGCAGCCAUUGAAGUGAUUGUUCGCGAUUUCAACUCUCCUUCAACUCAUCAUCUUGUCGAGCAUGAUCUUGGACCUGCAUCUCCCGGUCAAACAACUGAAAACAGCAGCUGGCUCAUGGCAUCUUCUGGUUUUGGUGCUGUUCUCUUUGCACUUCAUUCAAUGUAUUCGGAUUCAUCCACUAUCAUGCGUUGGACUGUUGAUGGCUAUCCCAACUAUGGCCCUGAGCCUGUCCCAUGGGGUGUCGCCACAAUUGCAGCUCUUGGCUUGGGUCUUUGGAUUUCUUCUAUGCGUCGUAUCACUACAAGCAUUGCUUGGUAUGCUGUUGGAUGUCUUGGAUGUGCCGUCUUUUACUGCUCAGCUGGAUGGAAUGCCUAUUAUGGUGGUCUUGUGCUUGGCUUUUAUCUCAUGUCGAUUAUGCCAGCCACGGUUCGUGCCAUCACCACCCAUCCUCCUUUCAAGACUCUUUUUACUGGUUUCAUGGUUUACAAUGUGUUGUGCCUUGCUCACGUGUGGGUUGUUGCAUACGAAUUCGUCCCUGGUGGCGUGUAUGCUCGUGAACGCACCAAUUGGAUCUUGGUCACAUUGAUGCUCCUUAUUGGUUGUGGUGUCCUUAAUGCACACAAGCAGGCUACUAUGGAUAGUCAGUUUAAAAAGAUGGCUCAAUUACACAUCAUCAAGACCGCACGCACUCUCACACGUGUUGCUAUUGUAUCAUCGGUGAUUGCAUCGGCUGUGAUUGCUACCAACCGCGUCAUUUCAGCUGUCACCCCUGCCCCUUAUCGCCCUGCCGAAAAGUCCUUCACAGCUGCUAUUUGGACCAUUCACUUUGCAUUGGAUAAUGACAUGUGGGCAAGUGAAAUUCGUAUGCGCGAUGCUAUUCGUGAUUUGGAAUUGGAUGUUGUUGGUCUUUUGGAAUCCGAUACCAUGCGCAUUAUCAUGGGUAACCGUGAUUGGGCCCAAUUUAUUGCAGAGGAUUUGGGAUACUAUGUGGACUACGGACCAUCAUCGAUGAAGCACACUUGGGGAUGCUUGAUGCUUUCCAAAUUCCCUAUCUUACAAUCGGAGCACCACUUGUUGCCUUCUCCUGAUGGUGAAUUGGCAUGUGCCAUUCAUGCUACCUUGGAUGUGUAUGGUCAGCCUGUUGACUUUAUCGUGAGCCACAAUGGCCAAGAAGAGAACCCCGAGGAUAGACGCCAGCAAACUACCGAAUUAGCACGUAUCAUGCGCACCAGCACCAACCCAUUUGUCUUUUUGGGCUAUGUCGUGACCAAGCCGAAGCAACCCAACUAUUACAUCUUAUUCGAUGAUGGCGAUAUGAAUGAUAUUGACCCAACUGAUUGGGAUCGUUGGUGUGAAUAUGUGGGCUACCGUGGUUUGCGUCGUAUCGGCUAUGCUCGUGUCAGCCACGGUAAGAUUACGGACACUGAGAUUCAGACCGGCAAGUUCCAAGUGGUGGAUAACCCACGCGAUUACUGGAAGGCAUCCUAUGAGCGUAUUGAUGAAUCGCAAGUCCCUGCUGCUUUGCGAUAUCCUACCAUGUUCCGUGGUAGAGGUAUUCGUGGCCAUCGUUACCACGUCUUUAAUGAACCCCGCUACUUUGUUCACUAA